GCACCUGAGAAGAAGUGGGAGGAGUCAGGACAGUCAUACACAGGAUCAUAGCAACUAUGGCUUCACAAUUCAUGAAGAAUUUAAAGGAGGAGGUGACCUGUCCUGUCUGUCUGAACCUGAUGGUGAAACCUGUGAGUGCAGAUUGUGGUCACAGCUUCUGCCAAGGCUGCAUCACGGUGUACUUUGAAUCCAUCAAAUGCAAUAAGGAAAUGUUCAUUUGCCCUGUGUGCCGGCUUAGGCAUCUAUUUAGCAAUCUGAGGCCUAAUCUACAUGUGGCCAACAUAGUAGAGAGGCUCAAAGAGUUCAGGACCAGCCCAGAAGAGGAGGAGAAAGUGUUUACCUGUGCAAGACAUGGAGAGAAACUCCAGCUCUUCUGUAGAAAGGACAUGAUGGCCAUCUGCUUGCUUUGUGAGCGAUCUCAGGAGCACCGUGGUCACAAAACAGCUCUCAUUGAAGAGGUGGCCCAGAAGUACAAGGAGCAGCUGCAGGUAGUUCUGCAAAGGCUGAUGGCAGAUAAGAAAGAAUUUGAAAACUGGAAAGAUGAACUUCAGAAGGAUAGAACUUACUGGGAGGCAAGUGGGGACCCUUCCUAAGGGUGUC